AUGCCGUCGAGCGGCCGACCAAUGACUUGCAGCUCCGCGUCCGCCGCUCAGAGGACCAGCUCGACGAGGCCAAUCGCGCUAACAGGCCCCCGAUCGCCACCACCUCCGAUGGAGGCCACCAGGCGGGCACCGCGGUCUUCACGGCCCGUGCGAGGAGGAUGCGGGCCAGCGCGGCGCGGAGAUGGUGCUCUCUACUGGGCAGGGCAGUGUUUGAACCAUCUGGGCGACCCGCGCAAGCUUUACGGCGGCACUCUUGGCCGCCGCUUCGCGUGCCGAUUCGAUAGCACAAGCGCGACGGCGGAGCAGCGGGUGGCCAGUGUUCACGCUGCUCUUCGGGAUUCCAUGGGGCGCGUGGCAGCUGCGAGAAUCGCGGCACCUCCGGCGAAGCCCGCCCAGGCACCGGCGGCAAUCAUGAUCUAG